AUGCCACCAAUCUCGAUAUCCCUCCCUGAACACCUGGCACGGCCGUCCGACAAGACUUCAUCGGUAACCGUCACAGCCAUUCCCUUGGCCUCGCCCACAACCACCACCGCGGUGUCUAACAAGCAGCCCAGCCUCUGCUCAUUUUGCUCCCUCAUUGACUUCUCUUUGCUCCGUUAUCCCACAACCACUGAUCUCUGGUCUCUGAACGAUGGCCACCCAGCACCCCAAGACCUCAGUCCCUUCAAGCGCAACCCAUAUGCCAAAGUUGAGCCAACAUGGACUCUAGGCCUUCUCUCCCGCAUCCGCAAAUCUUCCUCCUCCUGCGAUCUUUGCCACGCUAUUAGCACCGUCCUAGACCAACAGCCACAUGCCCUCGUCACACUUGCCGAUAUGGGCGUAAAAGAUCCAUUGGUCUUGGGCACGGUAGCCCUUUGUGGAAGGUUGUCGGCGCCCGAAGGGACAUCUUGGUUAGAACAUGAUGACAAAUACGGCGGGCUGAAAGAAAGGGACUGCUUCUUCCUCAGACGAUUGGGGCUGCUGUUCCGACCGGCCGACAAAGACGAGGAUGUGGAAGAGCCUGGAAUGGCGAAGAAGAUCGAAAGCUGGUUUUCCAUGAUGGACAGUUUCCAGACCAUGAACACCGCAAUCCCUCAGGGCUUUGGGGAUGGAGCCGAGGACAGAAAAGGGGUGCUGAUGGGAGACGAGGAGGACCCAGAGACGGUUUGGUUUGCAGGAAGGAAGAGACCUGAGAUGAUUGACAUUGGCUUGAUCAAGCAAUGGCUCGGCGAGUGCUUGGAGAACCACAGGGACAGAUGCGGGAUCAGUGAGGAGGUGGAUGAGGAUGAUGACCCGGACUUGGUUGAACACAUGAGACGCUUGAGCAAACCAAUUUCCCUUUUCCGCCUCAUUGACGUCAAGAAGAAGUGCAUCGUCACCAAGUACAACCUCUACGACGUCGACAUGUCCGGCCUGAGGUUUGCUUCACUCAGUUAUGUCUGGGGUGUCACCCCACAGAAACUAGUCCUCGAAAUGAAGAACGAGUACGAGCUUCAACGGCCCAACUCUCUCGUCGGGAAAGUCUCCCAGACCAUCUCGGACGCCAUUCACCUGACCGAACAACUGGGCCUUAAAUACCUCUGGGUCGACGCCCUGUGCAUCAUCCAAGACUCCGACGAUGAUAAGGUCAUGCAACUUGGCAACAUGGCCAAUGUGUACGCCCACUCUUUGUUCACCAUUAUUGCGGCGGCGGGUGACGACGCCAACUUUGGUCUUCCCGGCAUCCGCACCCCCCGUGAUGCAGCCCAAGAGGUAGUCCCGGUCAUCGCCCCGUCAGACAACCAAGCCGGAAUGUCCCUCAUUACUGCUCUCUCUCCUACUCAUCAGUCCCAUGAACACCCAACCCGCAAGACCGUCUGGGCCUCUCGCGGGUGGACACUCCAAGAACGGGCCCUCUCCCGACGUGCCAUUGUCAUCAUGAAGAACCACGUCCUCUGGUCCUGCUCACGCUCUCACUACUCGGAGGAAUCCUGCUGCGAGACCGAUACCCUCGGCACCCUAGCGUGGUUCGGCCUUCAAGAAUCUGACCCCAUCCUCAACUCCUCCGAGCGAACGUGGUAUACCGAAGACAUCCCCGAAGAGCAAGUCUGGUACAAGUUCCAACGCUUGGUCCAGGACUACUCCGGCCGCAAUCUGAAAUACCAAGGCGAUGCGCACGAUGCCUUUAGUGCGGUGGUGGAACAAGUCCGCAGAACGACUGGAGAGAACUUUCUCUGGGGCAUGCCUAGCGGCCGAUUCGAGCUUUGUCUCUGCUGGGAACCUUACCGGCGAGGUCUCACAAGGAGAACGGAGCUAACUACGCUGGAGAUGACCAGCUUCAAGCGACAUGUUCCCCUACCAAGUUGGUCGUGGCUGGGAUGGUCCGGAGCAGUCAUUCUCAAAGUACAGGCCCUCGAGCCCGAGAGGGACUUCAACCCGAAGGUGGUUUGUUUCGUUCUCCGCAAUCACCCACUGCGCGUUAUUUCGGUGCGACGAGUUUCAGUCGACAAUGACCCCGAGCGAGCCAAUUCCUGGGCCAUUCCCAACAUUACCGACAGCAAGUACUCGGUCACUCUAGAAGAUAUCUACGACAACCUCCCAUCUUUGACCCCCGAAGUUCUGCUCGACACACCAGAUGAUCAACUCAUCUUCUUUUGGACCGAGUCAGCGCGCUUCAAGCUCUCAAACCUCAAAGUGCAGGGACCGUCGGUCUUGCAAGACAAUCCAUUGCAUGUGAAGGAGUACACCAAGUAUUAUCGAGACAUUAUCAAUGAUGAAGGAGAUGUGGUGGGGAAGACGCAUCCCUGUGAUCCUGAAGCCAAGGAUAUUGGCCUUGACGAACACGGUGACGGAAAAUGCGAGUUCAUCCGUCUUGCGAACAACUAUCUUCCUUUCUGCGACCCAGAGAAGUUGGUGAUGCAGGUACGGAGAGGCACCGGAAAGGAAAUAAGGACGUGA